AUAGAUUAAAAGAAUUCUUCUGUUUUAGGAUUCUGCGUAUAUAAAACGUAGGAGUUAAAUUUUAACCUGUCCUAUCUGCUUAAGUGACAUAAAACUGUGUGAUGAAAAUUUCUUUUAUUCUUUUAAUUUUGGUGCUAUCAUAUCAAUGUUGCACAGCCUGCAUUACAAAAGUUCAACCAAGCAAAGAUUUAAAUAACUUACCUGUUAUAUUAUGGUGGCAAAAACAGAUAUUUCCACACGCUGAAGAACCAGAAAGAGACGAUGGUUUAGUUGAAGUAAAUUGUCCUAACUUGGGAUACAAAUGCAUGGCAACUUACAACAAAAAUAUUUUGGAACAAAAAUCUACUGAACUACUCACCAUCAUGCAAUACGGGACAGACUUCAGAGCUUAUGAAGCUCCCUUGCCCAGAAAACCAAAUCAUUUGUGGGCGUUACUUCAUGAGGAAUCUCCUCAAAAUAACUACUUAUUAUGCAACAAAGAAUCACUUGAAUUAUUUAAUUUCUCUGCAACGUUCAAGCGGAAUUCAGAUUUUCCAUUGACCACACAGCAUUUCGUCAGUUCUGAACAUUUGACUUCAAGAAAACCAAUUUCUGUUAUGGAAAAAAACAAACUAAGGAAACAAGGCUUAGCUCCCAUUGUUUAUCUUCAAUCUCAUUGUGAUGUUCCAUCCGAUCGAGAUAGAUAUGUUUAUCACUUGAUGGGAAACAUCAGCAUUGAUUCUUAUGGUGCGUGCCUCAACAAUAAAGAUUUUCCAAAUGCUGAUUUAGUUGAUACAUCGCAGAUGAAUAGUGAGAAGCUGCUUGAUAUGUUAGCAAAGUACAAGUUCCACAUUGCAUUUGAAAAUGCUAUUUGUGAUGAUUACAUAACAGAGAAGUUGACGCGUCCUUUACAUGUUGGAUCAAUCCCAAUAUACAGAGGAUCCCCCUCUGUUAGAGACUGGGCACCAGACCAUAAUUCAAUUAUAAUUGCUGAUGAAUUUGAAUCACCUGAACGAUUGGCAGAAUACAUUCAUUAUCUUGAUCAAAAUGAUGAAGCUUACUUAAAAUACUUGGCUUACAAAGAUCAACCGGAACUUCCAAAUAAAUGGUUAUCGGAAACUCUUAAUAAUCGAAAGUGGGAUUUAAAUGGAGAAGAUACAAACAACUUCGUUGGUGGAUAUGAAUGUUAUGUUUGUGGAGAGAUGCAUAAGAUGGAGGCAAAAUUGAGAAAAGGAAUAAAAAUCUCACCGCGUGUUGUACCACAUAAUCAUUUAGAUUGUUCACCACCCCAACCAUCUAUUGGAGAUAUAUCUGAUAUUCCACCAAAUGAUCACUUACAUAAUUGGAUCAGUGAUUAUUGGCAGAAUCUUGAUCAAGCAGUUGCAUUGCGUGAUAUGGUGUUGGAGGGUGUGAGUGACUCAGAAUCAUUGUGGUCAUAUAUUGAACGUAGAUAUCAUGCUGGGGAGGGAGCCAUGCAACACAACGAGUUAUGAGAAUUGGGUUGUGAAAAGAGAGUUAAACUUUGGUGGUCGAGGUCGGACACACGGGGUCAGUGCAACACGUUCCACCCAUCAGUAAAGCGCCCUCUGGUGAUUGAAUGCAAUCAUUUGAUGUCAAAGUGAUCGCCAAUGAGCCGUGACUUUGAUUGCUUCGUUGUCGCUGACGUGUCAUGUUGGCUGCUCGACUGACACGAACACGUUUACGAACAAAAAUAUCCAAUGGUUUUAUGCAUGAUCUGAAAUUACAAAUAAACCAAAGUUUCAUAUAA